ACAUUGCAUCUCAGUCCAAGUCAUUCUCUUUGAGGCAGGCAGAUCUCCUGAGCAAUCGUCACCAUGAGUUCUUAUUUCUCCCAGAAGAGCUCCAGCAGAAGCAGCAUUGGUGGAAGCAUGGGUGGGGGGCAAAAGCGAUAUUCUUCCAGUGUGAGCGGCUCAGCUGGCAUCGCAUCAAGAAUGUCCAGCAGCAGUUAUGGAAGUGGAGCUGGAGGUGGUUUUGGGAUGGGAGGUGGAGGUGGAGGUGGUUUUGGCAUGGGAGGUGGAGGUGGUUUUGGCAUGGGAGGUGGAGGUGGAGGUGGUUUUGGCAUGGGAGGUGGAGGUGGAGGUGGAGGUGGCUUUGACGUUUCGGCAAAUGAGAAGGCCACCAUGCAGAACCUGAACGACCGUCUGGCCACCUACCUGGAUACGGUGCGAAAACUUGAGCAGGCCAACGCUGAGCUGGAGCUCAAGAUCCGCCUGUUCUUGGAGAAUAAGUCCUCCCCCAAUGCCAGAGACUACUCAGCUUUUGAGGUCACCAUCGCCGAUCUGCAGGGACGGAUCCAGGAAGCCACCAGAAUCAAUGGAAGCAUCUAUCUGUCUAUUGACAAUGCAAAACUGGCAUCAGACGACUUCAGAAUCAAGUGGGAGAAUGAGCUAGCCAUGCGUCAAUCAGUGGAGGCUGACAUCGCCGGUCUGAAGAGAGUGUUGGAUGAGCUGACACUGGCCAGAUCCGACCUGGAGAUGCAGAUUGAAGGCCUCAGGGAGGAGCUGAUCUUCCUCAGGAAGAACCACGAGGAGGAACUAGCACUCAUGAGAAACCAGAUGACUGGACAGAUCAACGUGGAGGUGGAAGCAGGGCAACAACCGGACCUGUCCCUCAUUAUGUCAGAAAUCCGUGAGCAGUAUGAGUCUGUGGCCGCCAAGAAUGCGAGAGACCUUGAAGCCUGGUUCCAAGCAAAGUCGGAGGAACUGAACAAGGAGGUGGCUGUCAGCACAGAAGUUAUCCAAACAUCAAGGACAGAAAUUACUGAUAUACGUCGAACAAUGCAGAGCCUGGAGAUCGAGCUACAGUCCCAGCUCAGCAUGAAAGCGUCACUUGAAAGCACUCUAUCUGAGACAGAGGGACGGUAUUCCGUGCAGUUACAUAGCCUACAGGGCCAAGUGACGGGGCUGGAGCAACAGCUGAUGCAAAUGCGUGCUGACACGGAGCGCCAGGGCCAAGAAUACCAAAUGUUGCUCGACAUCAAGACACGGCUAGAGAUGGAGAUCGCAGAAUACAGAAGGCUGUUGGACGGAGAGGUCUCCAGUGCCACCAGUUCAGGGUCUAGCAGCAGCACCAUAACCAAGAUGGUCGUUGUCACAGAGGAAUAUGUGAACGGCAAGUUGGUGUCCAAAUCUAACACCUGAUCUGUCUCGCACAAAAGCAACACAUUGGGCCACACCUGAGGACCACCAUCACAACACAUUCUUUACAUCGACAUGUGAAGGCAAUAAAAGGCUGCCAGUUUGCUGACUAAAA